AUGUCACCAGGACAAGAAGUGGUCCAGGGGACCAAACGCAAACGGGGGGAGAGGAGGCGGGCUUCAUUGGCGUGCGAAACAUGCAGAAAACAGAAAGAGAAGUGUGAAGGUGGACAGCCGUGCUGGAGAUGUCAGCGAUUAGGCCGGCCAUGUCACUUUCAAGGUCAACCGAUUCUAAGGGCAAUGACGCCUCCUUCUUCCACCCCCGUCGCCUCCGUUUCGAGAGAUAAGCAACGAAUACAGAGCCUGGAACAAAUUGCACGGCACUUUCUUGGAAAUGUGCCUUUGGAUGAAGAAAAUAUUGGUCGAAUUGCAGACAAAUUGCAAAGUCCGACGACAAACACCCAGCCGGAGGCUGCCUUGGAUAUCAACGAGUCUUUCGAUGUUCAUUUUGUCUCCAAUAAUGUUGCGCAUUACUCGGGGGAAUUCUCGCAUUGGAAUUUCUCCAAAAAGUUGCGUCGCAAGAUGAGCUGCCAAAUCAACCAGCUUGACGCGCCGGUCAAGGAAUACUGGCGACCGACUCAACUUCAAUCAUCACCACAAAUUAUCGCCGAUUCAAUGGAGCAGCUCCCACCGAGACCUAUCGCCGAUUUCCUGAUCACUAUGUUUUUCAAAUAUGUUGAGAUUAACUCUUUUUAUAUGGAGCGCAGAUGGAUCCAGCAGAAGGUAGACCUUUGCUAUAGCUCCACCACGACGUACACAGCUAGUGAUUUCCCUUGGGUAUGCUCGGUUUUCGUUGUUCUGGCGAUUGGGACCCAAGUCGCACAUAUGGAAGACGAAGCUUCAAAGCCCGAUGCAGACACCACUGACGAACUCAACUUGUGCUCCGAAGACUCAGUCGGGUUGAUCUUCUAUCACGUGGCAUGCAAGCUCAUUCCAGAUGUCCUCCUCGUUGCUUCACAUGAAAGCGUACAGGUGUUCUUGCUUCUUGCGACAUACUCACUUCCUGUUUCCACGGGGGGCCUCGCAUACACCUACUAUGGACUUGCUAUGAAGAUGGCAAUCCAGAAUGGCAUGCAUCGCAAGUAUGCCGGAGGAGAGUGUGAUUCAAGGACUAUUGAAACGAGGAACCGCUUGUUUUGGACGGCAUAUACUGUUGAGAAGUAUGUCAGUAUAAUGCAUGGGCGCCCCAUCUCGAUCGCACGAUCAGAAAUCAACGCCGAUAAGCCAACAGAUUGCCCCACGUUUGAGUCUCCAAGAUUUGCCAAUAUGAUGGCAUUCCAUACUCUGAUUUCUUAUUUGGGAGAGGUUUCCGAAGCACUUGCACAAUUUAAGAGAUGUCCUAAGAGGCUUUUCUCAGAAUACUCAGAGCGACUUUUACGUCUCAGAACUAGUAUCAAGGGGUGGUGGGACACUUUACCAGCCACCGAAGAAUGCCGUGAUCUAUGCUCUCAAUGCCCACUCUUUCGGCAAAACUCACAUUUGAGACUAUGCUAUCUCUUGAUAUAUGUCUACAUGGGCCGCCCAUUCAUAUUUAUCAACGAUAAAAAGGGAUCCGGGAGUGACAACACAUCUACUGCCGAUCUUGAUUCUGGCCAAUCUCGUCGUUCAGUUCUCGUGGACGAUUGCGUGGCAAGCGCCUUGGACAUUCUAAAUACUCUUCAAUCCCUAUCAGACCACGUCGGUCUAUGUCGCGGUUCCUACAACGAAUUCGGUGCUUGUCGAGCGGCUUUACUUGUCAUUCUAGCAGAAAGUCUCAAUUCCGGCAAAUCACAGAGACUUCAAGAUGGCUUACAUCGUGGAAUGGCUCUCAUUCGUCAAAUGGUUGGAGGAAGUUCCUCUGAAUCUGAGAUCUCAUACAUUGAAUCUAUCGAAGGAGCUAUCAAUCAACUUUUAGCCACCCCUGUUGAUGAGGCCGCUCCUCAGCCAGAUUAUGGACAGAGUCCAACCUCUGCCUAUUCGAAAUUUAAGGACUGGACCCAGUCAAUAAAGAAAGACAGGUCUACGAGUGGUAAUUUGGAGCUCGCGUCUUUUAGUCCCUUGUCACACCUCACGACUGGAACAGACGGUUUUACGAACCCCCAGUUGAAUGAUAUGCCAGGCUUUUUUGAUCCUGAAUGGUCCAAUGGUGAUCUCGACUUUGAUACUAAUAUUCUUUCACUAUUGUCCAAAUAA